AAAACACACACACAUCACGGAGUCGGCAGAGAAGCAGGAGCUUGACGGGAGGAGCUCCGUGAUGCUGAGUUGCUUCAGUCACAUAUUUCCCCCAGUCCAACUCUACUCAUGGUACAGGAAGAGUCAGGGAGAGGAAAAGGACGAACUUGUGUCCAAGCAUCAAAACCACACAGUGUACUCAAACCAGUCAGGAGUCUACUACUGCGUCGCACAAAAUGAAGUAGAUCAAAGUUUGUCUGAUCCCGUCCGUCUGUUUGAAUACAGUCCCAACAAUGUGACAGUUCAAGCCAAUCCUGGUCUUGAUGUGAAUGAAAAUGUGUUGUUGACACUGAGCUGUUCUGCCGAGUCCAACCCACCAGUGAGCUCUGUCACCUGGAGGAAGACGACUGAUGGGAGAGAGGAAAUCAUCCAACAGACUCAGACUCAGACCUUCAGGGUGAAUUCAGCCAGUCCCUCUGACAGUGGACUGUACAGCUGUGAAGCCACCAAUGACAUUGGAAGUGGAAAGUCACAGCCAGCUGAGGUUAAAGUCAGAUGUGAGUAGAAUGAUGCACUUGUGAUGGUGAAUGGAUAAACAAGGAGGAUAUAUUCUACAUUACUGUGUAUAAAGUAAAUACUGAUCAGACGUGCUGGUUCCAAAAAGAAGAAAACAUUACUCCACAAUCUCAAAAACAUCACAGGGUUCUUUUAACUAUGGUGUAAAUUAAUUCAUUCAUUAAACUUAUCCAACAUUUCUUUUAAGUGAAAACGUCUAUUUCAACAUUACUAAAGUGGCCUGUUGUCAUAACUUGAUUUAUUUGAAUAGCACUUCUCAAAACAACGUUACAAAGGGCUUCACGAAAAAAAAAAAUUAAAUACAGAUCAAUUUAUAAAUAUACAUUUAAAAACAAAUAAUAAAAUCUGUAAGAAAAGAAAAAAUAAAAGAAUUAAAACUAAAACUACAUAAAAUCAGUGAAUGAAGUAAGUUAAAAGUGUUAUUUUUAGUUUUAAGCUAGUUUCAAGAUUCAAGAGUUUUAUUAUCAAAUGCACGGAGAUAACAAUCAAGCAGUCGCUGGCAAUGAAAUGCUUGAGUCACAGGCUCUCUUCUAACAAUGCUCAAGAAUUAAAAAAAAACAAAAAACAAAAUUUGAAUAAAAUAGUGUAAAAUAGAAUUUCAAAGAAGAAAGAAAGAACAGUAGUGCAAUUUUGUGCAAUAGUGCAAAUAUGCCACGGUGCUUAUUUAGUGGAGUUAUUGCAGUUCAGAGGAGCUUAAGAGUCUUAUGG